AUAACCUGAAAAUAUGCCAAUAAGGCAAUAUUGCACUUCCUACUUAUUUUCUUAUUGUUGCUGUAGACGUAGUCAUUAAUGCUAGGUCGCUUAAGCUAUUAACGUUAAAAUAUAAAACAGAGUCUAUGGCGCAAAACGAAGAUAUUAGAAUUAUUUGGAAAACUAAUUGCAAAUGGAGGGACACCGAUUACUAUGUCAAACAAGAGGACGUACGGCCGAUAGGCAGCUGCAAAGACAAGAUAAAAGAAGGAGACGCAGUAAAGGUGAAGCAGGGCCGUUGCGAAGGGAUAUGGAUUGGGGGGGUGUCGAAGGUCAAAUUGCCGAGUGACGCCAGUUGAAUUUGCCGAGUUUUUCAAAAGUUUGUAUAGGUAAUGAGAAGAAAAGUUUGUAUAGGUAAUGAGAAUCAUAUUGGUGUGCUAGUAACUGAGGGACACCAAUAUGGCUCUUGUUUUGAAAUAUGGAUGCCUGUUCGGGGGUUGUUGCUAAAAAGGAAUCGGGUUGCUUUAUAUAUAAAAUACGACAUUCUAAGAACAAACAAAUAUAUGGUCACGAAAUCGAAAAACACAAUUGCAAUAACUGCAACCACAGCUCAAUGAUUAGCACUAUUUUAUUUUCGUGCGUUUGUUUUCAGAUAGGAGUAUUAUUUUAAUUUAUUUAUAUUAAACAUAUAAAGCUGAAAAAAAAUUUAAAUUUACCAUAAAUUUAUACUGUGUUUUCAUAAGUCCUAAAUCGACACUGAAACUAUGUGCACACGGGUCACGUUUUUGAGCGUUUUUGCAGUGCCGUUUUCAAAUUUAGCGUUUAGGCGCCUUGUUCACAUUGAUCGUUUUUCUCGCAACAUUUUCAGACAAAGCACUAGUUUUUUAUAGUCUUCGUUUCCAAAUAUAAACACGGAAUUUCAUUUUCGCCUUCUACUUUUCUGUUUACACAAUAACAAAGUGUCAAAACGACCAAAAGUUUCAGACAUAGAGAACGAAUCUUUGGCAUCGUUUUCACUAUUUGAAACGUUUUUGCUUCCUGACGUCGUUUUCAUAUGUUUUCGUGUGAACAGAACCGUACGUGAAAAUGGUACUUUCAGUUUCAGAAAUUAACGCAUUACAACCAAAAACCGAAUUUUGAUGAAUUUUGAUGAAUUUGACCUUUUUUAUCCCCAGGCGCCGAAUAGACAAUUUAUAAUAUUUUUGUAUUUUGAGCAGUCUUAAAACUCUUAGUGCCGGAUAGUGUUAACUGGGCUUUGUACGACCCGAUUUUUCAAGAGUUUAAUUAAAUUUUAUGCGUCAGAAAGCGAGUAAAACGGAUAUGAUCAUAUGCAACCGAUCGAUGAUACCGAUCGCUGUAUGCGGUAUGUCUUUCAAAACUGUAGGCUGAUAAGAGUUAACAGUAAUUUCGCUAAAGAACUAAAGAAGACAAGUCCAUUCUUGUGGCAUGCCUCGUCUUUCUCUUGGUCUUCUUCUCAUCGGUACCUGUGGAGUCUUCUUGAGGAUCUUGCGCCUCUGACGACUCAAAAUAUUCUCUUUGGCUUUGACUGCGGUUUGCAGUCUCAAACGGAUUAGCUGGUACGUCUUUAUGUGCUACUCGCACUUGGUUUCCCUUAUGGCAAGUUUGCUCGUGCCUCUUACGUUAAUCGUCGGGCCGUAUGUUAGAUAACUUUUAUGCCGGUUAAUACGUUUUCCCUCGUGAAAUAAAUAAUAAAGUUUCUAUAGUCGUCAAAAACCGAAUUACAUUCAAGACACUAAAGUUUUAUUAUUUUUCUUUUGGGCAGUUUUGAACCGCACAUAAUUGAUAAAAAUCCUUCGCUAUAAGAGCAGUCGAGCGAAGAACAUGCCCGGAAACGUGGGUUUCACAUUUCAGCCUCCCGUCGAUUUUCGACAAAUAAAAGACUAAUAGUUUUACUAGAAAACAGAAAUACAUUUAAAUGGUUUUGACAUAAGAACACACAAACCAUUAUUUUAAAUCCAAAAUUUAUCGCUUUAUUUAUCGCUUUCGUUCUUAACUUUUACAAUUUGCUGAAUGCCGAUUUCGCAAUUUGCCGAACAGUAACGAAGAAAUUUGCCGACUGGGGCCGACUUGUGAAAAUUAUUGGGGGGGUGGAGCACCCCCCCACACCCCCCCGCUCGCGACGGCCCUGAGGUGAAGUAUGGUACACGUUGGUAUAACGCAGAAAUCGUUGAAAUAACAACAUCAACAACAACAACAACAACAACAACAACAACAACAACAACAAAAAAUGAAGGUUAGAAUGUUAGAGUUUGUAAUCCAAGUUUGUAACCUACCGUUACUUAGAUAUAAAUCUGCAGGCUUUAUCUUGCCCGUUUUUAUAGCUAACUGUUUUUUUCAUUGUUGUGUUAUAGUGGAUCAAGUUGUAGAUGAAGUUGCGGAUGAUGAUCAUUAUCAGAAGUUCCUGGCACUGCAAGGAAAAAGAGAACGGGAUUGGAAAGUGGGACGAGAGCACGCAAGAAAAAAAAAAGAAAGAAAACCGCCAAGACGAUGUCGCAAGCACUAGUGCAUCUUCAGCGCCCUGCAACGGGAACGGCUCUAUUCAGCCAGUUACGGCCGACAUUGGUGUAGAGGCAAUGGCAAAAGAGUGGGUAUCAAUAAAGAAGAGAAUUGAUGAAAUCGACAAAAAAGCGGUAUUUGCUGCUGACCUGACUAAGGUGACUGUUUAUUCAGGCUAUUUUCUAAAGUGACUAUAACUUACAGUAUACAAAUUUUAAUUUAUAGUCAGUAAAAUUUUAUGAAUCCUAAAAAUAACUAGCGCAACGCUUGCUAUGUAUGAUUAUUGAGUUUUAUAAUUAUUAGCAUGGGAGAACUAUAGUCAAAGAAAUUUUUAAAAUGUGCUAUUUCCUCUUGAAAAUCCAUUUACGCCUACGCAAUGAAGCCAUAUGAUUCCGGCACGACGCAUGUGGUAUAUCAAUCAAAGCAUGCUUGUUCGCACUCGAGUAUAAAAAAGUGAUAGAAAAUGCCAACUAGAUCUGUAAUUCACCUAAAACUGGAUCAAAAUUUAAGGAAGUCGACCCUUCACAAUUUCUGAAUUAUGCACGAAAAACGUUGAAAGAUCUUAGCGCGGCAUAUGCAAAAGCUAAGCGCGGUAUAUGCAUGGAAAAGCAUGGAUAGCGCAAAGAGUGUAUUGAUUAUUGGCGCCCAGCAUAUCAGCAAUAUGACAUAAGAUAUUGAUAGUGCAAAUAUUUUAAUCUUUCCUUUUCAGUUUACUCCGCUUAAAAUAAAUAAUAACAUCUAUAGUUGGGCUAGCCUGCGAUAAACUGCAUGGUUAAUUUAUGGCAUUAUAAAUUUGCAUAACAAGCAUAAUUCAAUUUUCCGUAAAUAAAUAGUGUAUACUAUAAUCUAUAUAUAUCAUUAUUAAUUAAAGAUGUAUGACAAAGUAUUAAACUCAUCAAAAUGCUCAUAACACACUAACAGUACGACUGUAACAACUACACUCAUUAUGUUUGCAUGUCUUUUCAGAUGAUUCAAGAAAUAAAAUGCUCUGUAACUGAGAACUUCUCAACGAUAGAAAAGCGCCUGGAAUCUUUGGAAAUAAUUACUAAAUCUCCAGAGACUAUAACUACUGUAAGUGCUAACACAAGUUCUAUCCGCCAACAACCAUUAGUUUAAUUGUCGGUGACAAAAGGACAGACAUCUAUAUAUGUAUAUUGUUUGAACUGUUCUUCCGCGAUAUGAAUGUACAUUACAAUCUAAAUAUUUCCAUUAUAGAUGAUUGAAGAAAUGAGCAGUUCAAUAAAAAGCUACCUGUUCAGGAUAGAGCAACGUUUAGAAACUAUGGAAUUCAGCACUAAAUCAACAGAGUCGGUGAGUAUUAUAGGAGCCAGCAAAUGUAUUAAAGUUCGCCGGCCAGAUUGAAUAGUAUACGCCAACGUCUUGCCCACAAUUAUGUAAACUAUUCAAGCUAUGGCAUGUUAAUUAAUAUCCAUACAUGCAUGUUAUUCGUUUUGUUGUAUUUUCCAUACCCUUGCAGGUUUGACCAUUUACAGAGUUUGUUUUCAAUGUUUGUAUUCAGUUCAAAAUUAUUAAUACAAUGAUGUAUUAUUACAGUUGAUGGGGUUCAAGUCAGAAAAAAUUCUUAAAUUCAAGUCAGAAAAAAAUUCCAGGCUGUUUACUGAAAAUUUAAUUAAAAUGAAAUACUUGCCUAUAGAUGCAUAUGAAUUAAACCAGCUUUCGCUUGCCAAAAACAUCUGUAAGAAGGUGUAUGUAUCAAAAUGUAAUCCAACUUUGACAUGUCAUCGCCGGUUAAUUAAUACGUCGAUAGGGUUUCUUUUUUUCAUUUAUAAAGAUCAGGCUUUUAGCUCUCAAAUGACGCCUUUAUGGAAUGAUCGCGAUUAAAAAACGACCAAAUUAAUGGUGAUACAGCACAUGCCUGGGGAAAAGCUAGGUUACCUAUUCCAAAUAGAUAUCCAAAAUUAAUUUUAUUAUACUCAUGCAUGUAGUUACUAGUCUCAGUAACGAGUUUUUGCUGUGUUAUAAUUAGCAUUAUAUAAUUACGUUUUUUCCGAUUUUAUUUCUUUUAAUAGCAGUUCAAUAGCCCAAUUGACGAUUCCUAUGUUUCUAUUGCGAAAGAAGAUUCACCGCCCCUAAAUUCCUCAAGUCUUGCCUCAACUGGCUCAAGUAAUCAGUUUCAGUUGUCAACCAUAGAUUUUGACACGUUGAGGCGCUUGGUAGAGAACCCAACAUGCACAGAUAAUAUUAAUCAAACCACCGAAGUGGAAUCUGGUAAAACUUCUUCCACCUUGCCAGAUUUAGCCAAUUCAGAAGCAAGCUCAAGCCAAUUGUUGUCUGAUGAUGUGAUUAGAAAAUUUGUGACGCCAAGCAAAGACGUCAAAAAAAUCAGUGCGAUAUUGGAAAGUACUGUAGAACCACGUAAAUGUGCGCUAAAGCUUCUGUCAUUCUUCUUUUCUGAACAAGAGCUUCGACAAUGCAACACAGACGGGACACAUGGCAAGCCUGCACUUGAUCCAGUGAAAUUAAAUUCCUUAAAAGGUUUGUCUUACAAAUCACGUAUAGUUUUUACGUAUAUAUAUAUACUGUACAUUAAACUUUUUGCUUAAUUAAACAUAUACAUUCUGUUCCUUUUUUACAUUAGCCCCCCCCCCCCCAAACAAAAAGUAAUCCAAGUUUAGCACACCACUGUGCGCUAAUUACUCGCAUGAUGCGCGAACGUAAGUUUUUUGAUAGUCAUAAAGAUCAUGCUUUUGGCUGUUGAAUGAUAUGUUUUCGUCAUUAAAGAGAACAAUUGAGCAAAUACGAGUUCGACAAAAGUGUUUUUCGAAAUCGCAUAUUUCACCUCUGCGGCUUAUAAUUAAAACAGCGCAUAGCAAAAGGAAAAGAAAUUAAACACGAAUAUGCCAUUUUAACUCUAGAGCUCAGAGCUGGUUUACAAGAUGGGUUAUAAUAUAAUUAUGCAUAUAUGCAGGUAUUUUAUUAGCUAAUUUUCAAUAGUUUUAGACCCAAUUCUCAAUGGUAAAAAUAUAUAGGGCACUUUCAAUAAACAAUUUUUAUCGGAUUAGUAUUUGCUCUUUCUACAGCUAAAAGAUAAAUCUUUAUGAUUAUGAAAAAAUACAUUUAUGCACCAAGUAAAAAACGCAAUUGGUAUGCUUUUUUAUACACCCUGUAUUGCUAUUAAAUAAGUCAUAAAUUUAUAGACAUGGGAAGUGACUUGAAAAAAGUUGAAAUAUUUUAUUAUUAAUUUUAUAGUGUUGUUAUUCAUGCGCUUCGUUUUGAAAUGCAAAGAAGAUGAAGAGGAUGUCUGGAAAGGCGUAAAAUCGGCGAUUAACGGCAAAUGUAGAGCAAAUAAGUUCUACAAAAAAAGACUUAACCUCACAAACAUCCCACAAGAAUGAUCCUUAUGAGUUAUGGCGACUGAUUUAUUGAGACACUUAAGAAUUAAUUCGAC